AUGCGGGUAACACUCUUCUCUCUCCUUCCCCUCGCUUUGGCAGCGCCGGCCACCAUCUACAAACAAGCCGAGAAGCCCAUAUAUUGGCUGCUAGCCGGUGACUCCACAACAGCAACCAACGGCGGUUGGGGCGACGCUUUCCUCUCCAAAACCGUUGCGAGUAGCUCUUCAGGUCACAAUUAUGGGCACAGCGGCGCGUCCACGAGAUCCUUCCGUGCCGGCGGCGAUUGGGCCAGUGUCACCAAAGACAUUGGGACGUACAAGGAGGACUACAGGGUCUACUUCGGCCACAAUGACCAAAAGCCCACCUCUGGAGUCUCCCUAACAGACUACCGCAACAACCUCGCGACCUUCGCUUCCGAAGUCGAGCAGGCAGGCGCCACACCCAUCCUCCUCACUCCCCUAACGCGCCGCACGUUCAACAAAACAACGAACCGCGUCAUCGAGAACCUUUCCAACGAAACCGCCAUCACACUAGACGUAGCUCAAUCCAACGACUUGCACGUCGUCGAUCUCAACAAAGCAUCAACCGCGUACGUGAACGCGAUCGGUCAGAACGGAGCCGAUACAUACAACUGGGGUGAGAAUGGUACAACAGGGACUGAUCGAACGCAUUUGAACCCUUGGGGGGAGGUCGUGUUUGCGCGCAUGGUGAGUGAUUUGUUGGUGGCCAAGUAUGAGGAUGAGUUUGGGGAGUGGACGGUAAGGAAUGAGACGUUGAGUGAGCUGAUCAAAGACGGGAAGGUGGCUUAG